CUCAAGUAAUCGGUUGGAUUAUGUCGGGCAGGAGUCAAUGUCGAUUGCCGGCGACAUUCACAUGUUGUGCUUCUGCGUCAUCAAGCAAAAAAAGUCGUUUGGUCUUAGUAAUGAUCGUUGUUAGCUUCGCGAUCGGUGAACAUACAAAUCCAUCCAGGAAACUUGUAAAAUUGCCUGAAAAGUCAUCGUGUCUGUAGCCCAGACGAAAAUAGGAAAAUUCUGGAUAAGACUAUGUUGAUUUUGUUGACAGAUCAUCGGACACCAAGGACAUAUAAUUCUGGUCUAGAAACUCGUCUGUUUGCCGGUGGACUAUGAUAGCAACAUCAAUUACUUUACGCAUAGUUCUUAGUAUGCGAAGUGAUGGACAGCGACAGCUUGAAGAUGCUUUUUUUUUGACCUUUCUUCAGCGAUCAAGAUCUCGAGUAAACAACUCAACAGUGGAGCAACAAUAAAAUGACGUCGAGAUUCAGUCCUCCGAAUGCAUCGCCUCCGCGGCUUAUGGCUUCUACUUUGACCUGCUCUUCUUGAGAAGUCAUCAAGUGAUGUAACAGACCUUCCUGUUUUUACACUCGCGACUCCCACACGAAGAGAAUAGAAAUGAAAAAGUAGCUGAAAUAGACUACCAGCUGCUACUUCUUAGCCCAUGAUGUGGAUCAAAAUGAUCGUCUUCUAAUCCUCUGACCAGUGGCACGACCCCUCUUGCGCCUCCCGUGAUUUCACCUUAUGCUGGGGAAUUGCAGGAUUUCACAGGAUGGCAAAAUUGGGCUUUCACGAUGGUCUUCUUCUUACAGUUCAUGUGCUCACUGGGGACAUGGGUCUAUAUUUGGCGGACAAGUGGAAACUGGACGUGGAGCGAACUCUACGACCCUCUGGCUGCAGGUGAUGGCGAUAUUGAGGAUUUUCCGUCAGAAAUCCUACAGCAUAUUGCAGCAGAAAAGUUACUGGCCGAUCCGACGAAGAAAAGGCCGUAAAUUCAAUAUUGCGGUUUUACAGACAAGUACAGGAUCAUGAAAGAGUAGUAACGAGAAAAUUUCAAGUCUAACAAGGUCUAACAAGCUACUCUUAUCCCUUUCCCUAUCAGAUCAAGAAAAACAUCUAUAAUUGGUUCUACUGGACUACAAUAAACCAAUACGCAGAAACUCUACGCUAAAAACAAGUAGAUGUUGAUGUAGAUGAAAUUUGAGAGGAACAAUGUAUGAUCUUCUUCUCUUCAAAGAACAACCUGUAUGUAAAUAUUAACACAAACACUCAUCAAUCCACACCAGGGCCGGUUUAUCAGCCAUAGCAGGCAUGCGAGAUUCUACAUCAUCGGAGAAGGACGCACCGCCUGCGCCUAGGCCAUCUGGGACAGAGAUGGUCGCAUCCUAUUUCAAGGAUGAACAACAAUUGUUAUGGCUUUUGCUCUUGUUCGGACUACUGUAAAAUAUACUGUUCGAUAAUUUGUGAGUAAAAAAAAAUGUACUCAACGACUCUAACUUCUACUUCUACUUCUACUUCAAGCUGCAUAUUAGCUAAGUAGUUUGAUACAAAACAACCCCUUCUAAUCGCCGCCACCGUUCCACCAAAGUUGAAGGACGCUGAGGAUUUCGCAGAUGUUAUCCCUGAUCCUGAGAUCAGUGAGGUAGAGCCAGCAGAGGCGGAAGCAGUGUCGAUGUAUCGAUUUUACAAGGGGAAUGACUUUUAUGGCCUAGAAGUCCGAACGGGGAACAUAAGCAGGGAAAGUAGACUUUGUAAGUAAGUAGUGGAUAUGUAUAACUUUUAAUUUGGUGCUUGGACGAGAAAGAGUUUCUUAAAUUCUAAGGCCAACGAAAUUGCUUGGAGAAAGUUGAUGUACGUAUAGAGCAAGUACCACGUAAUGAAGAUUCAUUGUUGUAGUUUCGUCUUGUGGUCUACAUCACGUCCAAAAAUUCAUUGACGUUGAUGUAAUCACGACAAAAUGUAUGCUACUAGCGGUACUAGUACAACAUUGGUCUUCCUUGUACUAGAACCAUCAUUCAAGAACUUGCUUCUUCUAACAUGUAGCGAGUGCACGAGUUUCAGAGUUGUUCCAUCGGGCAAAUCACGCGGUUGACGCAGGAGGGUUGGUGUUGCUUCACGACGCAAGUGGAAACUUGGUGCAGCAUGGUGGCAACGCGGACGCAGAGCGCGAAAGCGAGGCGACGCGCCACCAUAUGAAACAGCAAACAAAGGAAGAACUAGUUCUGGGCCAGCUUUUUGGACAAAGCUAAGAUUGAGAUUGUAGUAGUGACCAUGUAAGUACUAGUCUUCGCUUACUGAGACUGUAAGGAAAACGGGAGAUUGAUGUAGUAUGUAAGUAGUCUUCGCGAGACUGCAUUCUGAUUUCAAGACGCCAACACGCAAUGCUAAUGACAUACUGCAUGAUGACUGUUCCAAGAACUGAUAGACACUGGAAGUCUCGGACUUCAACAACGAACUGUACUGUUUUUAACAUUAACUCAAGAAACUAAAAAUAAAGACACUGCAGCUCAUAUUGUUGUAU